AUGGCACACGAGACCCUGAGGCUGGUGUGCCUGCCGGUGUCGACGCAUGACGGGAGGCUGCCGCGACAGUACACGCUGGAGGGGCAAGGCACCAAGAAGGACAUCUCGCCGCCGCUGGAGUGGUACGGGGUGCCCGGUGGCAUGCGGUCGCUGGCGCUGGUGGUGCAGGACAUCGACGCAGACAAGCGGGUUCCAUGGAUGCACUGGGUGGUGGCCAACAAAUCGCAUGAGGAGAAGGGGCUUCCCGAGGGGUUCUCGGGCGCCGGCGGCAACGCCAACGCCGGCGGCGAAGGCGUCCUCCAGGAGGGGGUCAACGACUGGAAGCAGCCCGGCUGGCGCGGCCCCGCCCCGGACUCCCACGGCCACCGCAUCCAGUUCCGGCUCUACGCGCUCGACGACGUGCUCAGCCUCAGCAACAAGGCAAAUGCACAGAGAACAGGAGCUGCCCAGGAAGCUAUGAGCGGUAUUCGAAGGGCUAGCAAGGCCAUGACCAAGCAAGAAGCCCGGAAAAUAUUGGGUAUCAGUGAAAAGACGAUUUGGGAAGAGAUCGUGCAGGAAGACUGGGUGCUAUGCAGGGUGUUCUACAAGAGCAGAACAACAGGUGGUGAUUGA